AUGGACGAGGCAGAUGGUGAGAAGGUGGAGGCGGAGGAGGAGGAUGAGCAGGAGGAGGGUCGAGGAGGACAGGAGAAGAGGUGGUCCGAGAGCGAGAGGACGGGAACGGGGACGGGGACGGGGACGGAGACGGGGACGAGGAAGAGGGCGACAGGGCUGCUGCUGCAUGGCGAUGGGAGGGAGAGCGAGAAAGGUGAGGAUGAGGAUGAGAAUGAGAAUGAGAAUGAGGGCGUCGGCGUGACACAGGCUCAGAGGCUGCAGGAGGCAACAUGA